AUGGAAUCCUUACUACAGGGUUCAAUAGUAAGUGGGAGUCGCUCAUCUAAAACGUUUAAACCAAAGAAGAACAUUCCAGAGGGUUCUCACCAGUAUGAGCUCUUAAAGCAUGCAGAGGCCACUCUUGGCAGUGGCAACCUCCGGAUGGCUGUCAUGCUUCCUGAGGGGGAAGAUCUAAAUGAGUGGGUUGCAGUGAACACUGUAGAUUUCUUCAAUCAGAUCAACAUGCUUUAUGGAACAAUCACAGAUUUUUGUACAGAAGAAAGUUGUCCGGUGAUGUCAGCUGGCCCAAAAUAUGAGUAUCAUUGGGCAGAUGGAACAAACAUAAAGAAGCCUAUUAAGUGCUCUGCACCAAAGUAUAUUGAUUACCUGAUGACUUGGGUUCAGGACCAGUUGGAUGAUGAGACAUUAUUUCCAUCAAAAAUUGGUGUCCCAUUUCCGAAGAAUUUCAUGUCUGUGGCAAAAACUAUACUCAAACGCCUCUUUAGGGUUUAUGCUCACAUUUAUCAUCAGCAUUUCGACCCUGUGAUCCAGCUUCAAGAGGAAGCACAUCUCAAUACAUCUUUCAAGCACUUUAUUUUUUUUGUCCAGGAAUUCAACCUAAUUGAUAGAAGAGAACUUGCACCACUCCAGGAACUGAUUGAAAAACUCACCUCAAAGGACAGAUAA